AUGGAUGUGCGAGCACUCAAUCACCUCAGCCUUGAGGAGUUACAGGAUCGCCUGCACGAGCGCGGCUUGGACACCAGCGGGAAAAAGUUUACGCUGGCAGAGCGCCUCAGUGCAGCACUUGGAGAGGAGCGACGGCGCAGCAAAAGGAAAGAUGACACACAUGCGCAGUCCCUGGCCACUUGCGACCCAUACUUGGAUCCCUACUUCUUUGGGCCACAGGCUGGCAAGCGGUUGGGAUGCAGGGAAGUGCACUGCCAAGCUGCAAGGAGCCUCCAAGCUCCGCAAGGGCCAGGCCGCAUGGUGGCAGGUCCCGAUCUCCCCGUGUCAGCUCGGAGAAGGCCAGGGCGCAGGGAUUGCGCCUGUUGGCCGAAGACAUCUGUGGCGUUGGGCUCCAGGCGACAUUAG